GCACGAGGCGGACCGAAGGGAUCGCUCCCAGUCUGAGCAGCCCAUGAGGCGCUCCACGGUGCGCCUGGCAACGCCCAGCUCGCCGAGCCCCCAUCGACUGGCAGGCAUCAUGAAGGAGCUGCUGGGAAUGAGGUCAGAGGCCGAUGCCGACACCGACCUCGAUGCCGAUUUCGCCGAGGAUAUCCUCUCCGUGGCCCAUGAGGUCACGAAGCAGCAAAGCAGUCAGAUGAGCAUGGGCGGCGUGACCUGGGCGGAUGUUUGCAAGAGGGUACAGUGGCUCUGGCACCCCAGGAGAUGGGCGGCUCCCCGAGGCUUCCCGGACAGUGAAGACGAG